AUGCCGUUGUCACCCAAGGACGUAGCAGCGCACAACACGAAGGGUUCUGUCUGGGUCAUUAUCGAGAAGAAAGUGUAUGAUGUCACUGACUUCGUGCCCGAGCAUCCGGGUGGUCCCCGUAUGAUCAUGAACUUCGCGGGACGUGAUGCGACGACGGCCUUCAAAACUUUCCACUCCACGGAUGUCCUAGCAGCAACGCUGCCGCGACAUAAACACCUCGGGUGCAUAGGAUCAUGA